AUGGGCAGCCUCGCCGGACAUGGCACUGAGAGCCCGCCCCUUCAUAGAUACCGCAUUGGGGUGGAUGUAGGAGGAACCAAUACCGACGCCGUGCUCAUCUCGCUUUCCCCCACGCAGAUCGUAGCCUCCCACAAAGCACCCACGACGCCCGAUGUCACCACAGGCAUCACCCAGGCCGUCCGGACCGUCAUCCACGCCAGCAAUGUACCUCUGGACGCCAUCAGCUGCGUGAUCGUCGGAACCACUCAUUUCGUGAACGCGGUGGUGCAGCGCUCUUCGUCGCUUCAGCGCGUCGGCGUUGUUCGACUGUGCGGAGGGAGCAAAGAUGGGUUCGGGCUCGGCGUGCCGCCCUUUAUCGACUUCCCGCCGGAUCUACGCCGACUAAUCUCGACGCGGCCCUAUUUCUGCCAGGGCGGUCACCAGAUCUCCGGCUCUGAAAUCUCGCCCAUUGACCCCGCCGAGUUGACCGAGGUGGCGGAGAAACUUGUCAAAGAUGGCAUCUUCGAUGUCGUCGUCUCGGCCGUCUAUUCGCCCCUGAACGCGGAACAUGAAGUCACAGCGGGCGAUAUCCUGCUACGGAAAAUGAAACAAGUGGCCAAGGCCCAUGGUCUCGCGAUUCGACCCCGGCUCACGCUCUCGCAUCAGAUCUCAUCCCUCGGGUUCCUUGCAAGGGAGAACGCCGCCAUCCUCAAUGCCACCCUGAGGCCGCUGGCCGAGAAGACCAUCCUGGGCUUCCAGAAGGCCAUGCAAGACAUCUUCCGUGGGGUUCCCUGUGCAUUGUACCUCACCCAGAAUGACGGAAGCGUACUGAGUGCCCCGGACGCCAUCGACCUCCCGAUCCGAACAUUCAAUUCCGGUCCUACGAAUUCGAUCCGAGGCGGUGAUUUCCUCUGGAACGCCGCGAGCACGGGUGCCGGUGAAGUCCAUGCGGACCGCCAGGAUGCUCUCGUGGUCAUCGACAUUGGCGGAACCACCUCGGAUAGCGGCUUGUUGCUCCCCAACGGCCUGCCCAGAAUGAGCUCUGUGAUGAGUCUGGUGGGAGGCGUGCGCACCAACUUUGCGUUGCCUGCAGUGGAGAGCGUGGGGCUUGGUGGUGGAAGCAUUGUACGAGUGUCCGGAGAUGAUAUCACCGUUGGACCGGACAGUGUUGCUCUAGAGCUGCUGCAGAAGGCUCGUCUGUUUGGCGGUGACGUCUUGACAUCCACCGAUAUCGUGGCCGCAUCCGAAUGGCACUCGCCGACAGGUCACAACCCCCUGAAAGGGAUGGGUGACCCCAGUCGCUUGAGGGACGUUACUCCAGAGCUGAUCAAGAAGGCCAAGGCUCGCAUGCGAAAGAUCAUAGAAGAACUGGUUGAUCGAACCAAGGUUCAGAAGGGAGAUGUGGAUGUUCUGAUCGUCGGCGGAGGCGCCAUCGUCAUCGAUGUCGAUGAGCCUCUCGAGGGAGUCCGCGCCGUGCGGAAAGUUAAAGGUGGAGAGGUCGCCAAUGCAGUUGGCGCCGCGAUAUCGCGAGUAUCAGGCGUUGUGGAUACCGUCGUAGAUACAUCCCACCAGACGUUGAAGGAAGCCCAAGAGGUGGUGUCGGCAUCAGCCAUUGAUGCUGCCGUCGCCAACGGAGCGCAGCGAGAGACCGUCCAGGUUGCCGAAGUCACUAUCCUCCCUAUUCAGUACGUCGAUGCAAAGGCGCGCAUACACAUCAGAGCCGUCGGAGCAUUAGACGUAAUCAAGCACGCCAAACAAGGCGCAUCUAGUCCGAUCGUCUUGCCAGAGCUGCCUGAACAACAGCAACAGGUCCAGAAAGAGACUGUCAACGGUGGCUUGGUCGAUGAGACGGCCGAGAUCAUCGACAUUCAAGGCUAUAGGCCCAAGGUCGAACACCGGCGAUGGGUGGUGUCGAUCAUCGACCUCGAAUGGAUCGCGCAGGGUUGCAAGGUCCUUGGCUGCGGAGGAGGGGGAGACCCUUAUCAGCAGUAUCUCAAAAUUCGCGCUCUACUUGAGAUAUCUCCAGGCAGUAUCAGGGUCGUGUCGCCGACCGAUCUGCCUGAAACGGCCACCGUCGGAUGGACGGGCUGCAUGGGCAGUCCUGAAGUAAGCAUGGAGCGAAUGGAAGCCGACGAGUGCAACAAGGCACACGACGAAUUGACGCGAGUGCUAGGGCUUCCUCCGGCCGAUGCGUUCAUGGCCCUGGAGAUCGGCGGAGGCAACGGCGUCGUCAACCUCGAGGUGGCGGCUCAGCAUGGGGUGCCCUGUGUCGAUGCCGACUACAUGGGCCGCGCAUAUCCAACGUAUUGGCAGACAACGAUCAAUGUCUACGGCACCGCCCGGGGGGAGGCGCUGGUACCGGCGACAAUCGCCAGCGGAGAUGGAUCCUUUAUCACCAUGACUGCCAGCAGGACCGAUAAACUUGUGGACAAGGCAUUGCGGGCUGCCGUUGUGGAGAUGGGAUGCAGGGCUGGGAAAGCGGCUCCUCCCAAGUCGGCCAAAGUUGUCCAGGAGCAGGCCGUUCUUAAUACCGUUUCUCUGGCCUGGUGGAUAGGCCGGGCGAUCGCUCUGGAGAAGAACGUGACGGACAAGGCGAAGCGGAUCAUCGACGCGGUCGGCGGCUCUGCGAGCGCGAAGAUCUUAGCCGAAGGCAAGAUCACCAGUGUGGAGCGCGUCCUCAAGACCGGACACACCUACGGUGUUGUAGAGGUCGACGGAGUCCUCAGCGACGGGUCCAAGGCGAUAGUCCGAAUCCCGUUCAAGAACGAAAAUGCCUUUGUCGAGGCCAUGUCGGCCGAUGGUAAGAAGUCCAUCCUGGCUUCUGUGCCAGAUCUCAUCGCCGUUCUGGAUUCGGAGACAGGCUCCGGUCUGGGCACGCCAGAGUACAAGUACGGCUUGAAGGUGACCAUCAUAGCCAUUGCGGCGUCGCCUCGCUGGACGGAUACUCCUCGAGGGUUGGAAUUGGGCGGACCGGCAUCCAUGGGCUUUGACGAUGUCGAGUACGUGCCUAUCGGCAGGUACACGAAGCCGCGGAGUGUCAUUGACAUGUAUGCAUAG